AUGUACUGGGAAGAAGUUAUUGAUGAUGCAAAGAAUCGUAUGAAACGUAAACGAACUGUGAUUAAUGAGAAAGAAAACUUUCAAUCACGGAUAAAUAAAAAGCUUAAAACGAAUUCGAUACCUUCGGAAGGAAUUUCUUUACCGGCAGUCUCAAAGUCAAGUACUGUAUCAACGGAACAGCGAUUUUCCGAUGAGGUAUCAAAUUGGGUGGAAUUUGAUAAAGAAGUAUUAGAGUGGCGUCUGGAAGUCGAUAAGAAAUACCAAGAAUCAACGUUUAGCCGAUGUCGUAUGGUCACUUGUGAAAAGGACAUCUGUACAGCAUCAGAUGUAAACAUUCAUGAGACCUUAACUCCCCUUGAUCAUUCAAUCCUUUUCUUGGAUGGUCAUGCUUUGGAGAAUAUAGUCGGGCAGCCUGAUUUCAUAAUUGUUAAUGACAAUAUGAUACUACUCGUGGAAAAGGAGAGUCAUGAAGGGUUAUUUGUUUGUUCUAAUGAAACUUGGUUCUUUAAAGGGGAAGUAGAGAAAAUAGAGGAAGAAUACUAUAGAUGGCUUAAAAGUAAGGAUGAUGCUAAUGGUUAA